AUGAGGCUGGGAUUCAUCUGUGCUCUGCUUUCUCUCCUGGAAGGGCAAAGCUGCGCAGACACCCGAGCCCCCAACUCACAGCCCUGGCAGGUUGGGCUUUACUUCCUCACCCGACUCUUCUGCGGGGCGACCCUCAUCAGUGACCGCUGGCUGCUGACAGCUGCCCACUGCCGCAAGCCGUUUCUGUGGGUCCGACUCGGGGAGCACCACCUCUGGAAAUGGGAGGGUCCAGAGCAGCUGUUCUGGGCCACAGACUUCUUCCCUCAUCCUGGGUUCAACCAGAACCUCAGUGCCCAAGACCACAAUGAUGACAUCAUGCUGAUUCGUCUGCCCAGGAAGGCAUUUCUGGGACCUGCCGUGCAGCCCCUCAAACUCAGCCGGACCUGCGUCUCCCCAGGCACCCAGUGCCUAAUCUCAGGCUGGGGGGCCACAUCCAGUCCUAAGGUGCAGUACCCACUCACGCUACAGUGUGCCACCAUCAGCAUCCUGGAGCCCAAACUCUGCCAACGGGCAUAUUCAGGCCACAACUUCUAUCGCAUGCUCUGUGCCGGCCUUUGGGAGGGCGGCCGGGGCUCCUGCCAGGGUGACUCUGGGGGCCCCCUGGUUUGCAAUGGGGCCCUGGCGGGUGUGGUGUCUGGGGGCUCGGAGCCCUGCUCCAGACCCCAGCACCCUGCUGUCUAUACUAGUGUGUGCCACUACCUGGACUGGAUUCGAAAAACCAUGGAGGACAACUGA